GGGUCAGCUUCCGGAGAGCAUGCCCGAGCUCGGUCCUCUUGGCUCACCUCUAGCCAGCUGACCCGGAAGGCCCCCAGUGGACCGCAGCAUGAUCUCCAUCACUGAGUGGCAGAAGGUCGGAGUUGGCACUGCCGGCUUUGGCGUGUUUUUCAUCCUCUUUGGGAUACUCCUGUACUUUGACUCAGUACUCCUGGCUUUCGGAAAUCUGCUGUUCCUGACCGGCCUUUCCCUCAUCAUUGGCCUGAGGAGAACGUUUUCCUUCUUCUUCCAACGGCACAAGCUCAAGGGGACCAGCUUCUUUCUGGGCGGUGUGGCCAUCGUGCUCCUGCGCUGGCCGCUCCUGGGCAUGCUCUUGGAGGCCUAUGGAUUCUUUAACCUCUUCAAGGGCUUUUUCCCUAUGGCCUUUGGUUUCCUGGGCAACACCUUCAACAUCCCCUUCCUGAGUAUGCUGUUCCAGAGGCUUCAAGGCACCAGCUCAAUGGUCUGAACCACAGAGAUGAGCUCCUUGAACUUGCAUCAUUAGUGGAGGGAAUGGAAAGGAAAUGAGGGCCACUCCCC